AUGCUUCUCACUUCCAAUCGAAUUCUUUGUAAAACGUUUCUUUAUAUCGCGGGUACUUCGAAUGGAUGUACUACAUGGUUUAUGAUUGGUGCUUGUUUUGAUCGUUACAUAUCAUCAUCAGGUGUUGUCACAACACGACAAAUUAGUAAUAUGCGUACCACACGACGAAUAAUGACUAUAACUACGAUUGUCAUGUUGAUCACUUAUGCUGAAAUUCUCUAUUGUUAUGAGUCAGGUAAUACAAUUACUAUAGCACCAUGUGCAAACAAAAAUGACAUUUGUGGUAAUCUGGAUAUAGCUCUUACUUUUAUUGUUCAAUUAAUCCCACCACUUCUGUUAAUAAUGUACUUUGGAAUGGGUACAUUUUUCAACAUUAGAAAAUCGUCUCGAUUACAUCGUGUCGAAGUCAGUUCUAUUGUGUCAAGCAUUCCCCAAGCAACAAGAAGAGCUAAAAUGGCAAAUGAGCGAGCUAUUUUGCGCGUGGUAUUUAUACAAGUGGUUACCUUUUGUAUAUGUCAAUCGCCUUACGCAGCUGUAAAAAUGUAUCAACUUCUAACUAUAACAACUGUUAAGAACGAUGUUCGUCGUUCAAUAGAAAAUCUUGUAAUCAAUAUGUCUGCAUUAACAUAUGUGCUUGACAAAACAUAUUCAUUUUAUAUUUACACAUUAUCUAGCGGUUAUUAUCGUAAACAAUUAAAACGAUUGAUUGGCUCAGUUUUUCGUCGGGCUCGAAUUAUACCGAUAAACUGA